AAAGGGAGGUGGGAAGAACAAAGGGUUAGAGAGAGAGAGACGAGAGCAUGUGAUAACAAGCCUGUGAUCAAAAUAAUGCUGUCCAGUUUUUUAAAAAUGUCAUGUUUAUCAUUUCUCAUCACCCCCUUACAUUUCACACAUUCUGCUGAGGCAGAGCGAAGCAUCUUUAAAUGCAACAGAGGAGGAGUAAGGGAGGAGGGAUGGAGAAAGGGAGUAGGAGGAGGAGGAGGAGGAGGAGGAGGAUAGAUGACAGGCAGAGGAAGGAGGAGGGAUUGUGGUUGCGUCUGGUGCUAUUGUCAUUCUGCUGUUGUGCGCUUCAGCGGCAGGAGGGUCUGCUGAAAGGAGGAGUAGAAAACAGAGCCAGGGAGGACGGAGAGAGAGAGAGAGAGAGAGAGAGAGAGAGAGAGAGAGAGAGAGAGAGAGAGAGAGAGAGAGAGAGAGGACAGGGAAAAAAGAAGAGAAAGGAGAGCCUGAGCAGCACUGCAACAGCUGCUGCAGCAGUCUGUCAGGCAGACAGAGAGAGGCAGAGGGAAUGAGGAGAGGAAAAAAUGAAUAAUCUGUCUGCAAAGAAGAGCAAAAAUCCAAGGACUGUGCCUUGUUAGCCUUUUCUUGUUUUCUCCUGAAAGGAUAAGGGGACUGAAAGGAAGACUAUUUUUCUCUCUCCUUGCUGAUGCUUUUUGAAAUGCUCUCAUGCAGGAGGCAUGCUCAGAAGUAGUGUGAAAGGAGGCAGAGAAGGAGACUUAAAGAUGGAAAGGGCGGAAAGCACCAAAACGUACGGCCAAGCCGAGGGCAAAGCUGUUGGCAUGGCAGCCAAGAGGGGCAAGUCGGGGGUGCCCCAGAGCGCCCAACGAGGGGAACUGAGGGUGUACCGUGCAGGUAGCUCUGAGGGGCGGCUUCCAGUGUCCUCCAACCUCCGCAAGCAGAGAUCCAUGACCAACCUGGCCGUGCUCACCGAUGCAGAGAAAAAGAUACACCUCUACGAGCCCAAGUGGUGUGAUGACAUGGCCAAACCUGGAGCAGGACCCCUCAAGGCAGGCAAGCCCAAGCUGGCAGGAGGGGGUGGCGGUGGCGGACGAGGGGGUGCGCCACUCUCACGCAACCUCUCCAAGUCAGAGCACUCUCUCUUCCAGGGCAAACCCAAAACCUUCAGCCCAUUGGCGGCUUCUUCUGGUCUGGUCAGACCCAGUCAGAGCCGGAUCCCCCGGGCGCCGUAUGCAGAGGUGAAGCCCCUGAGUAAAGCCCCUGAGGACGGAAAAUCUGAUGAUGAGAUCCUCUCCAGCAAGGCCAAGGCUGCCAGCAAGAAGCAGGCAGUGGGAGCUUCUGUGGAGUCAGAGGCCAAGAGCCAAGGGGAUGGGAGCCAAUCCUCCUUCCUCAAGGUGGAUCCAGAGCUGGUAGUGACUGUCCUGGGUGACCUGGAGCAACUUCUCUUCAGCCAGAUGCUGGACCCAGAGUCUCAGAGGAAACGUACGGUGCAGAACGUCCUUGACCUCAGACAGAACCUGGAAGAUACCAUGUCCAGUCUACGGGGAGCCCAACUCAGCCAUGGCUGUCUGGACAGCAGUACUGUUUGCUACGACAGUGACGAGACGAACGGCCGCAGCAUGUCCAGUCAGUCCAACCGCUCCUCUCCUCUCUCCUGGCGCCAUGGCCAAUCCAGCCCCCGGAUGCAGGCUGGAGACGCUCCUUCUUCCACGGGAAGCGGUGGGUACCAGGGGGGCAAGGCCGGGUCCCAGUACACGGCCCACACAAUGCCCGCCCGAGUCUCCAGCCGUUUCAGCCACUCCUCCCGAAUGGAGCUCAUCGAAGGGCUGGAUGUGGAUGAUGCGGACCUCAAGUCUGGUUACCUGAGCGACACCGAGCUGCUGGGCAAGAGCAUGCCAGAGGAUGACGAUGACAACCUGGCCAAUGGCUGGGAAGAGAGCAGCUCCAUCAGCAGUGGGCUCAGUGAUGGCUCUGUAGAUAACCUCAGCUCCGAGGAGUUCAACGCCAGCUCCUCCCUCAACUCUCUGCCCACCACACCCCUCGGAUCCAGACGCAAUUCCUCUGUCAUGCUCCGCACCGAUGCUGAGAAGCGCUCCCUGGUGGAAAGUGGCCUGUCCUGGUACAGUGAGGAUGCCAAGGCCGCACGCAAGAUGGACGGGGGCAGCUACGAAACUGGGAGCCUCAAGACCGAGACCCCCAGCAAGUGGAGGAAGUCCUCGAGACCCAUGGAGGGUGCUAGUGAGGAUGCAGGGGUCAAAGGGGAACUGAGGAAGCCCCAGAUCCUGGGACAGCCAGGGAACUUUAAUAAGAAGGGGCGCCACCCUCCUGUGGGCGUGACCUCACCCAUUACCCACACCUCUCAGAGCGUGCUCAAAGUGGCAGCACCAAAGAGUGACCACAGGGCGGUGGACAAGACAAAGAUGUCUGUGAAGUCUGCUGGGCUGCAGCGAUCUCGUUCUGACGCCGGGAGGGAUCAUCUUCCGCAGCACCGGGAACUCCGCAAGCCCCCAUCCGGCCUGGUCAAGCCCUCUGCCGGGGCCUCGUUCGGCUACAAGAGGCUCCCGACCACCAGCACCGCCACCGUAAUGACAGCAGGGGGCAGUACCAUCUCUAGUGGCUCUGCCACCUUGGGCAAGAUGCCCAAGUCUUCUGGCAUCCCAGUGAAGCCUCUGGGAGUUGGAGGAGGAGGAGGAAGAGGGGGACGUAAGAAUAGCUUUGACGCCACCGGCAGUGAGGAGGGGGGCUUCCUGGGGCCCAGCGCCCGUAACAGCCUCCAGUACCGCAGCCUGCCACGCCCCGCCAAGUCCAGCACCCUCAGCCUGAUCGGCCGCCCUGGGUCGGCCCGGCCCGCCAGCAGCGGCAUGGACCCCGGCCUGCUCAGCCUGAAGCCUGUCACCAUGGCCUGCCCCGGCCCCAGGGGCAAAGAGACUGGCAGUGGAAGCACUAAGGGGGCCAGUCGAGGAGGGAGCACAGGCCCUGUCAACCAGACAGACAGGGAGAAGGAGAAGGAGAGGGCUAAGGCCAAGGCAGUGGCGUCUGAUAUGGGCUCCCUGUGUGGCUCUCUGAAGAUGGCAGACUGUCAGGGUGAUUCUACUGGGGAGGCUAGCGCCAAACUGCAUGGGUUGCGUAGGGCCAGCAGCAGCAAAUACCCUGAGCUCUCAUCACCCACCACUCAGAGGAUGCUGAGCUGCAAAUCUCUGGGUCGGCCUCCCAGCCUGGCACACCUGGACAAGGUCAACUCCAACAGCCUGGACUCGUGCGUGACCAUUCAGGACCUCCCUCCUAAAGUGCCCCCCUACUCCAAGCUCCAGGACCUGGCUGGGUCCGGGCCACGCAGCACCAUCCCCCGGGGCCUCACCCCUAGCCCAGCACCCAUCCUGCACCUCGACUCCCCCAGCUGCUACCCCAGCCAGACCCUGUCCAUGGGCGGCUCUCCGCUGCUCUACCCCAAACUGUCUGGCCUACACCGCAGCAUGGAGUCACUUCCACUCACCAUGAGUGUCCCUCCCAGCGGAGGAUAUAUCCGGGCAGAGUCCAGAGACAGGGACAGGGACAGGGACAGCUACAGAGACAGGGACAGGGAGGAAACGAGGAGCACGGGGACCUGGGGUGCUGGGAGCAGGACCUCCCUCAAUCUCCCAGACAGUUUGCAAACAGACAGGAACACCUUACCCAAGAAAGGAUUAGGUCGCUACAGCUCUGGUCUGUCAGAGGAUCAGUCGGAGGGGAAGGAGAGGCGUCACUCUCACACCGCAGUGAGCCUGAUGGAGAGCGAAAGCCCCCCUCAGCUGCCAUCGCCCACCCACAUUCCCCACCUCUCCUCUGGCAAGGCUGUCCUCACUAACGUGGUUGCCCCCAUCCCGAGCGGUGCCCCCAGGAUAAUCCGCUCCAACAGUAUCCCCACCAACGACAUGGCCUUCGACCUGUAUGGCACCUCUCCACUGGGCAGCACCAUGUCACUGGCCGACCGGCCAAAGAGCAUGAUGCGCUCUGGAUCCUUCCGCGAGCCUGGGGAUGACUGUGAGACAGCUAGCACAUUCCAUGGCUCUGUCCUCUCCUUGGCAUCAAACACUUCAUCCAACUAUUCCUCGACAGAGGAGCGGAUACAAGGAGAGCAAAUCCGCAAGCUGAGACGUGAGCUGGAGAACUCCCAGGAAAAAGUGGCCAACCUGACUACCCAGCUGUCUGCCAACGCUAAUUUGGUAGCAGCGUUCGAGCAGAGCCUCCAACUGAUGACGUCACGUCUACAGACCCUGUCGGUCAGCCAGGAGCAGAAGGACUCUGAGCUGACUGAUCUGAAGGAGACCAUAGAGAUUCUAAAGACGAAGAACACAGAGGCCCAAGAUAUCAUCCAUGUGGCCCUCAGCAACCCUGAAAUCCCUCCUGAAGAGCUUCAGAUGAAGAGGCAGAACUCGUCCGAGAGCAUCUCCAGCCUGAACAGUAUCACCAGCCACUCCAGCUUGAGCAGUCUGAAGGAGCAGGAGGCCAAGAAGAAGAAGAAGAGCUGGCUGAGGAGUUCCUUCAACAAGGCGUUCAGUAAGAAGGGUUCAAAGCUCUCUGCUUCGUACGCUGACAUCGAGGAGAUCGCCACUCCAGAUUCCUCUGCUCCCUCCUCUCCUAAGAUCACCAUCCACCACGGGGACAGGGAUGGGGACGGGGACAACCCUCCCUCCGUGAUGAGGUCCUCUGUCUCUGCAUCCUCCUCUGGGCUGUGUGAAGGAGGCGAGGAUCCCCCGGAGGAUGAGAAGGUUGUGUCUACGUUACGCUCGGCCCUCUGGGAGAAGGAGAGGAAGCUGACGGACAUCCGCCUGGAAGCCCUUAGCUCCGCCCACCAGCUGGAGCAACUGCAGGAGGCCAUGAACAACAUGCAGAUGACAGUGGAGAACCUGAAGGCAGAGAAUGACCAGUUGAAGACAGGCGGUCCCUCAACCUCCACCUCCCAGUCCUCCAGCUUGGCAUCACUGGGCACUGCCUCGCCACGUCAAUCUGUUGCCAUAUCUCUGACCAAGACCUUAAGCAUGAGCCUGGGAGAGGGCAACUCCCCUGACCUAUUCCAGACAGAAGCCGCCAGUCUCCCCUCUCACAGAGACGACCCACGCGUCAGAGUGGUGGUUCGUGUGGCCAACCUGCGCAUCUUCAAAGAUGAGGUGAAACAGCAGGACUUCUUCAUCGGUACUGUGAGGGUUAACGGCAGAAUGGACUGGCCUAUGUUGGAUUCGGCUGUCGGCCAGGCUUUUAAGGUGUACAUAGCCAAGGUGGACCCCACCUCCAGCCUGGGCCUGUCUACAGACUCUAUCUACAGCUACAGUAUGAACCACAUCAGGAGGGUGCUGGGAGGAGAGUUGCCAGAGAGCCAACCCUCACACUGUGUAUCCAAGGGGCCCAGCGGCGUCACUAUUACACUCAAAGGUCUGAAGGAAAAGUGUGUGGACAGCCUGGUGUUUGAGACGCUCAUCCCCAAGCCCAUGAGCCAGCACUACAUCAGCCUGCUGCUGAAGCACCGCCGCCUCAUCCUGUCUGGGCCCAGCGGCACCGGCAAGACCUACCUCACUUCCCACCUGUCAGAGUACCUGGUGGACCGCAGUGGCCGAGACCUCACCGACGGCAUCGUGGUCACCUUCAACAUGCACCGCCAGUCAUGCAAGGAUCUCCAACUCUACCUGUCCAACCUGGCCAAUCAGAUCGAUCGGGAAACCAGCACAGCUGAAAUCCCAUUGGUGGUUAUCCUGGAUGAUAUACAUGAUGCCACUUCCAUCAGUGAGCUUGUCAAUGGGGCCCUCACCUGCAAAUACCACAAAUGUCCUUACAUCAUUGGAACUACCAACCAGCCAGUGAAGAUGACCCCAAACCACGGCCUGCACCUCAGCUUCAGGAUGGUGACCUUCUCCAAUAACGUGGAGCCAGCCAAUGGCUUCCUGGUGCGUUACCUGCAUAGGAAGUUGAUGGAGGCGGAGGACGAGAGGAGCCUGGCCAACGAGGACCUCCUCAGGGUGCUGGACUGGGUACCCAAGCUGUGGUACCACCUGCACACCUUCCUGGAGAAACACAGCACCUCUGACUUCCUCAUCGGCCCGUGCUUCUUCCUGUCCUGUCCUGUGACUGUGGAGGAGUUCCGCUCCUGGUUCAUUGACCUGUGGAACCUCUCCAUUAUCCCCUACCUGCAGGAAGGAGCCAAGGAUGGCAUUAAGGUGCAUGGUCAGAAGGCAGUGUGGGAGGACCCAGUGGAGUGGGUAAGGGGCACCCUACCCUGGCCCUCAGCCCAACAGGACCAGGCCAAGCUGUUCCACCUGCCUCCCCCCAGCAUGACCUCUGGAGGCCCCGGCCAGCCCAGCGAGGCCUCAGCCAGGCCUCUUAAUAAGGAAACCCCACCCAGCUCCAUGGACACCCUGGACCCUCUGAUGGCGAUGUUGUUGAAGUUGCAAGAGGCAGCCAACUACAUUGAAUCUCCAGACAGAGAAACAAUGGACCCCAGCCUCCCUACACUUUGAACAUCAACUUCAUCUGUAGACUCAAAACCUAGCACUUCAAAUAGCCCUACUUCUUUCCCCUAUGUGAACUUCAGUGUAUAAAAUUCAGGAACAAAAACUUUCCAAUAUAGUUUUCUGCUAAUUUUCUAACUUAUCUUGAACCUUAGCAAAAAACAAUCACCCUCCGUAUGGUUGGUUGAUUGAGAAGCUGUUUUGUUAUGUUGUUUUGAAACUUUGUUCAAUCAUGCCAAGUCAUUCCAAAAGACAUAUAGCGAUGUUUAGAUUUUCUAUUUCUGUCGAUUUUUCUUGAACUAGAGGUUAUAUUCACACUAUAAAGUGUCUUUCUCUUCACAGAAGACGUAUCUCUAUCACUUCUGCCCUCAAUAGAAACAGGUGCUAAUUAUCUAGAUAAUAAGUAUUACUCUUUAGAAAUUCAUCCUCAUCUCUCAUUGGUCUAAGCAGGUGAUUCUUCCAACAGCACAUUUAAAAGACAAAAAAAGCACAUUCUUGCUUAUCUGCUUUUGCUCAACAACAGCAACAUGGCUUGCAAUGUGUCUGUAAAAUCAAGUCAGUUUGAAACCUGUUUUCGGCUUAUUGGAAAGAGUAUGACGGCAUGUUGUUGGCAUGUCAGGUUGUGUAGUGUCCUGGUCCUGAAUACAUAUCUAUCUAUCACUCUUUGAAGGCCAAAUCUUAGACAUAUGCAACUGUUAUACAUAACCAGGUGAACUGUUUUGACUCUGUGCUCUAACAAACUGAAUGCCUUAAUUAAUACAUCUAUUCCUGAUGGUCACCUCGAGAUGGACAGCAGUAUUCAAUCGCGGUGCUUUGCUUUCAUCACCAUCGCCUCAGAGCAGACGAGUGCGAGGACAUUCACUUGUCCCUCCCUCACAUGGUUCUGGGGUCACAUGGUUCCGGGGUGAUUUUAAAUGUCAUCUAACUAUAUUUGACAGAUAACUAUGUUGCAGGUAGGGUAGAUGGCGAUGAUCAGGGUUUCUUUGUCAAGUGAGAAAAUAUAGGUUUGAACAGAGCAGAACACAGAAACACAAUUAUUUCCUAUGGUUAAUAACUUUCAUUAUCAUUCACGGCUAAAUCUGUGCAAAAUUACAAACGCUGUCACACUCAUUACUAAAACAGGAGGGAAAAUCAGUACAUACUAAUCUCAGCUUCUGUGGUACUAGUUCAUUGGUUUGUUGCAGGCAGCAUACAUUAUAUUUAUUUGACUGAACAUAUAUUUCAAAUCUAACUACCUGUUUUGAAGAAAUAAGGCCAUGACAGUACUACUUUCAUAUAAAUCAGGUAUUACUAAGAAAGUUAUUUUGUAUGAAUAAUGCUUGAGCAACUGCUAUUUGCUUAUAGCUUAGAUAUUUCUCAACUUCUAUUUUUAAGAUGGUGAGGUAUCAUCUAAUAUAUUCCACGCAAUUAUCCAAUAUAGUUACUGUGCUCAAUUCUUUAUGUAGAUAUUGAUUUCAGUUUUAUCUACACUAGUUGCAUGGUGCAAAUAUCUUAUAUGCUGAACCAAAUAUUUUACUGUAAUCUUGCAUAUUGACUGUCUGGUUAGGGGUCAGAGCAUAAAAGUGCUUAAAAGAAUGAACAUGUAGAUAUUUUCCUCAAUAUGUUGGCCAUGUAACAUUGCAGAUCAUUUAGGUGCUUUUGAAUGUAGACGUUUUACAAAGCUACUCUCUCAUUCCUUGCAAAAACAUGUUUUUAGACCUACACCAAGAUGGGUGAGUGAACGGGUGAGUUCUCUGUUGCACCCCACAAACCAUUGUAAUCAGACACAGGUUAACAAUCUUACAUCUAUUGUAGCUGCCAAUGGUGCUGUCCACUUUUUGACUGGUAAUAUUGCUUUGCUCAUCUUCGGUUUAGUUAAUGACAAUUCAGACACAGCAUAAAAUGGAUGAAAAAUCUAUUUGCUCAUCAGCAAUGAUCAAGCGCCAUUUCCCAGUUCAGAGUCAUACAUAUAGGAAGAUAAACGUAUGAAAAUAAUGAAAUUGUAAAGUAGCGUGGGUUAUAUUAGUGUUUUCAAAAGAUACAUCUGGCCAUACUGACUGAUGCUGAAACAAUGUAGGAGAAUGGCUCUGUUUUGGUCUCUUCACAUUAAUAAUGUAUAAUCUCUUGAUCAUAAGUCACCUGUAUAUAAACUGUGAAAUGAAUGUUCAAUUGCUUUCUUUGUACAAUAGUUAUCACAACAGAAAGACAUUUAGCAAACUAUUAAAGGUCAUUAUUAAGCCAAGUGGAACUAAACCACCAUGAUUACGUUAAAACAUGGUACUUUUUUGUUGUUUUGCUUUUGCAUCAAACUGUUAAUCAAAUCAAUGACAUCAAACUAAGUCCAAAGUCCAUCUGAUGACAUCAAACUGUUAAUAAGUUAAAGGCAAACUGAUGACAUCGUACUAUUAAUGAACCCAAAGUCCAUCUGAUGACAUCAAACUGUUAAUGAACCCAAAGUCCAUCUGAUGACAUCAAACUGUUAAUGAGUCCAAAGUUCAUCUGAUGACAUCAAACUAUUAAUGAACCCAAAGUUCAUCUGAUGACAUCAAACUAUUAAUGAGUCCAAAGUUCAUCUGAUGACAUCAAACUAUUAAUGAACCCAAAGUCCAUCUGAUGACAUCAAACUAUUAAUGAGUCCAAAGUUCAUCUGAUGACAUCAAACUAUUAAUGAGUCCAAAGUUCAUCUGAUGACAUCAAACUAUUAAUGAACCCAAAGUCCAUCUGAUGACAUCAAACUAUUAAUGAGCCCAAAGUCCAUCUGAUGACAUCAAACUGUUAAUGAGCCCAAAGUCCAUCUGAUGACAUCAAACUAUUAAUGAGUCCAAAGUUCAUCUGAUGACAUCAAACUAUUAAUGAGUCCAAAGUUCAUCUGAUGACAUCAAACUAUUAAUGAGUCCAAAGUUCAUCUGAUGACAUCAAACUAUUAAUGAGUCAAAAGUCCAUCUGAUGACAUCAAACUGUUAAUGAGUCAAAAGUCCAUCUGAUGACAUCAAACUAUUAAUGAGUCCAAAGUUCAUCUGAUGACAUCAAACUAUUAAUGGGUCAAAAGUUCAUCUGAUGACAUCAAACUAUUAAUGAGUCAAAAGUUCAUCUGAUGACAUCAAACUAUUAAUGAGUCAAAAGUCCAUCUGAUGACAUCAAACUGUUAAUGAGUCCAAAGUCCAUCUGAUGACAUCAAACUAUUAAUGAGUCCAAAGUCCAUCUGAUGACAUCAAACUAUUAAUGAGUCCAAAGUUCAUCUGAUGACAUCAAACUAUUAAUGAGUCCAAAGUCCAUCUGAUGACAUCAAACUAUUAAUGAGUCAAAAGUCCAUCUGAUGACAUCAAACUAUUAAUGAGUCCAAAGUCCAUCUGAUGACAUCAAACUAUUAAUGAGUCCAAAGUCCAUCUGAUGACAUCAAACUAUUAAUGAGUCAAAAGUCCAUCUGAUGACAUCAAACUGUUAAUGAGCCCAAAGUCCAUCUGAUGACAUCAAACUAUUAAUGAGUCCAAAGUUCAUCUGAUGACAUCAAACUAUUAAUGAGUCCAAAGUCCAUCUGAUGACAUCAAACUAUUAAUGAACCCAAAGUCCAUCUGAUGACAUCAAACUAUUAAUGAGUCAAAAGUCCAUCUGAUGACAUCAAACUGUUAAUGAGUCCAAAGUUCAUCUGAUGACAUCAAACUAUUAAUGAGUCCAAAGUCCAUCUGAUGACAUCAAACUAUUAAUGAGCCCAAAGUCCAUCUGAUGACAUCAAACUAUUAAUGAGCCCAAAGUCCAUCUGAUGACAUCAAACUAUUAAUGAACCCAAAGUCCAUCUGAUGACAUCAAACUAUUAAUGAGUCCAAAGUUCAUCUGAUGACAUCAAACUAUUAAUGAGUCCAAAGUUCAUCUGAUGACAUCAAACUAUUAAUGAACCCAAAGUCCAUCUGAUGACAUCAAACUAUUAAUGAGUCCAAAGUUCAUCUGAUGACAUCAAACUAUUAAUGAGUCCAAAGUUCAUCUGAUGACAUCAAACUAUUAAUGAACCCAAAGUCCAUCUGAUGACAUCAAACUAUUAAUGAACCCAAAGUCCAUCUGAUGACAUUAAACUAUUAAUGAGUCCAAAGUUCAUCUGAUGACAUCAAACUAUUAAUGAGUCCAAAGUUCAUCUGAUGACAUCAAACUAUUAAUGAGUCCAAAGUCCAUCUGAUGACAUCAAACUAUUAAUGAGCCCAAAGUCCAUCUGAUGACAUCAAACUAUUAAUGAGUCCAAAGUUCAUCUGAUGACAUCAAACUGUUAAUGAGUCCAAAGUCCAUCUGAUGACAUCAAACUAUUAAUGACUUGAAGUAAAUGGCUUUUGCUUCUCUGUGUGGUCACAUUAUUGCAGGUUUGUGUUUUUUGUUAUGAAUCUUGCUCUGGUGGCAGCUCUGCAGAGUGGUUACUAGCUAUCACAGCCACAAAGUCAUUAACUCUAAUGUUUAACCUAACCUCUAACAUUAACCACACUACUAACCUAAUGUCCUAACCCUAACCUUAAUAAAUUAAAUUCAAAAGGUAUUUUUUAUUUGUACAUUAAUUUUUAUGAUGUAGCCAAUUUUGACUAUGCAGCUGGACCAUCUAGUGGAAGUCUCUCAGUUCUGGCACAAAGACAAGACCCAAUAAAUGUCAACCUGGCACAUUUUUACAAAUUGAAAGAAUUCUGUGAUGAAUCAUACAUGGGGAAAAUGCCCCUUUGGUCUAUCCAUUUUACAAUGACACCAUGAGACCCAUGUGGACCUUCUAUAAUCUAAAUAAUUAGCCUCAUUAACUUAAACAAAACUAUCAUGUAGGCUCCCAAUCUGCCAUUGUACAAACACUGCAUUGUUUUACUAUUCAGAAGAGUAUGAAAGUAUAGUACAGUAUAUCCUGUAUCUAUGUAUGCAGGGAAACAAAUGCCAUUCUGUUUGUUCUUCAUCUCACUCACUGGUCGUUGUGGCUGUUGCUCUGUAGUGGCUGUGCUGUGUGUUUGAUAACAAUCUUGUGUAUCAGGACUAUGCAGCAACUUUUACUGGUUUUGGCAAUCAGAAGAAAGAAAACAACAGUUUAAAUGAGUUUUGAAAGCUAACAGACACAGUUUACUUCUGAUUUGCAUUGCCCCAGUCUUGCAGUAAGUUGGACCAAAUGAUGUGAUACCAGAUAUGCUUGACUCUGCCUUAAUGUGAAUUGUGAUGCAAGUGUUGCAUUAUGAGAGAGAGCGAGUGAGUAUGUGACCUUCAAAAAUGUAAGGGAUGCCUUGUGUUAUGAGUAGACUAUGUGAAGGUUGUUAGAAUAUGUGUGAUGAAAUCAUUGGUCCCACAAGACACCACUUGACUGAAUUGGAAGUGGUAGAACCUCUGCUUUAGAUCACUGGGCUGUACCUUUGUGGCACACAGAAGAUCUGGAUUUGAACAUAGGUCGGUCAAGAGGGAUAUAACAGUGUAAGCCUAGGUUCUAGAGGUUCUACAGCUUGUCAAAACGGAUUAGGCCCUAAUUGCAGUUCGGCACAAUUGAACUAUUAUCCAAGAACAAAGUUCAUAGUUCAAAAUGAAAACUAGAUUUUCAAGAAAUCGAAGAUAAAUCAAUGUUUCUAUAUAAGCAGUUUCCUCGUAAAAACUUAACGAAUAUGAAUUGAUUCUAAAUGAAGUAUUUCCACUUGAUGAAGGCCAAUACAGGUUGCUGAAUAGUCAUAAUUAUUUUGCAAAGCUUGUUAUUGACUCAAAAUAAAAAUGGUAAUAAUGGUCUCUAAUGUCAUUGACGUGCAAUUGUGGUGGAUUUCUAAAUGUUGUAGAUGAGUGUGUGAACAGAACAUGUAAUAGCAUUACGUUAUCGUUAGGGGUUCACUAUAUAGAUUAAGCUUUUCCUUUUUAAUACGCUGAUAUUUGAGAUUUCUUUUUCUAAUGAAUCCUUUGUAAAUCUCAUUGAUCUAUUUUGUACAUGACAUCAUAAUUGUAAACCUUGUAAAUACUUCAGCAUACUGUAAGCGACAACAAUCAUUCAGGAAUAGAAAACUCCAUAUAGGCCUACUACAAGAUGAAUAACUUUACCCCUCCAGAAUUGUGUGGAAUAUAGGCAUGCUUCUGAAACAACAUUUCCAUACACUUAUCACUGUUCGUCGGAGUCAAUAAAAUAAUGUAAAAUAUA